CUCGGUGAGGGGUGUGCCUCCGGUUCCAGAAAGCCCCGGCGUGUCACCCGGGUUGAAUUUCAGUUUUCAGACCCGGCUCCCACAGGACCCUGAGACGCCUGCCCUCCCCGCCAGCGCAUCUCCAGCUGCCAAUCACUGCAGCUGGAUUGGCUGCAGUGUCCUGGAUUGGAACCCAGGACACAACUGGGUUAGCCUGCCGCUCUAUCGCUGCAGGGACAGGUCAGGAUCCAGGCGAGCGUUUCCCGCGGCCUCGCUGCUGCUUCCUUCCCGGCUCCUUCGCCGCUUCAGCCAUGGCACAGAAACCCAAGGUAGACCCCCACGUCGGGCGGCUAGGCUACUUGCAGGCGCUGGUCACGGAGUUCCAGGAGACCGAGAGCCAAGACGCCAAGGAGCAAGUCCUCGCUAACCUUGCCAACUUUGCCUAUGACCCGAGCAACUACCAGUAUCUACGGCAACUGCAAGUCCUGGACUUAUUCCUCGAUUCGCUGUCAGAAGAGAAUGAAACCCUGGUGAAGUUUGCUAUUGGGGGCCUCUGCAACCUGUGCCCAGACAAGGCCAACAAGGAGCACAUCCUGCAGGCAGGAGGCAUCCCACUCAUCACCAACUGCCUGUCUAGUCCUGACGAGGAGACGGUGUUAUCUGCUGUCACCACACUCAUGUUCUUGAGCUCACCGAGCACCCGCUCCCAUCCUGAGCUAACCUCCCUGCCCGUGGUCCAGUGCAUGCUGCGCUUUUCUCUGUCAGCCAACACGAGGCUUCGGAACCUGGCCCAGAUAUUCCUAGAAGACUUCUGUUCCCCAAGCCAGGUGGCUGAGGCCCACAGCCAGCAGGCCCAUUCUGCCCUGGGUAUCCCACUGCCAAAGAAUGAGGCCCCACAGCAGCCAUGAGACUCCAAGAUCCCGCCUGAGACCAGUCCUGGCACAGGUACAGGAAGAAGGCGGCUAACAGCAUCUUGAGGCCAUCCUGCCCAAGUGGUGCCCGUCAGCUGUGUGCAGCACAAAGUCUGAGCAUGGUGCACAUUUGCGUCCUAGAAAAGCAGGAGUGAUGAAGCCAGACUUGAGAUGCUUAGAGGAGAAAACCAAAGCAGGUCUGGCUUUCAUGGACUGGCACUCAACAAACUACAGACAGAAGACACUCUGGUGCCCCCAGGGCCCAGCUAACAUCCUUAUGUAAAAAGCUUUGCCCAUGGGUGUACUCAAAAGUAGCUGCUAGAACCGAGAUGUGGGAGAGUGAGCAGUACUGUGAGUGUCCCAAGUGAUUUUGAUGUCUAGAGAUCAGCUGGGUCUAGAGACCCAACUAGCUGGGAAGGUACUGAGGGGUGACUCCUCCAGUACAGAGUCUGGGCAUAGUAGACAUUGACAUGGUAGCUCUGCAGCCCAGAAACAACUGUCCACACAACUCUGCUCUCCACGAGGCACCAUGUAAGGAGUUCAGAGAUGAAGCCUCUGCCCCUCGCUGUCACAGCUCAGUGACAGUUCACUAAAUGGCUAUCAGGCGUUAGGAGUAAGGCUCUCCAGGUCUGGGGAGCAGACGAAAGACUGGAGAGCUGGGUGUGGAGGUUGCACACCUAGAUUCUUUGGAAAGGCCCUACAUGGGGUCCUGGGAUAGAGACACAGUGACUUCAGCUCUUCUUGUCAGUCUGUGGACUUUUCAUGUACCAGCUGCCAACUGUAGCAUCCUUGUCUCUUCAAAAAAGUUGCUCUGGCCCCCUCUGCCAUGAUCGGAACCUUCUGACACUCAGGCGAAAGCCCUGGGCAUGCACCCUUCCUGAGCUAUCCAGAGCUGCUUCCCGCCACUCUCCCAGGAGCCGCCAGCCUCCAGCAGCAGCUGCCAACCCCUUAGGACCCUGAUGCAGACCUUGAGUAAAGACACCUAGAAACUAGAUGCCAGCAAGCACAGUGGCUCAACAGAGGCAGAAGGAUAGCCCUGAGUUUGACACCAGCUCACCUAGGGAGUUCCUGGUCAACUUGGAUCAUGGAGUAAGAACCUGUCACAAAGAAAAGUAACAAGGACAGCGAGAUUCUGUAACUGGUGACCUCUCCCACCUCUGCCAGUGAGAGGAACAAAAUGAAACUAAGGGGAAAGAGUGAAAGGAGAGCAGGCCUGAUGAGAAGGAGAUCGACAAGUUGUGGAGGGGGCUGCCAGUGGAGCCACUGGAUGAGGGAGGGGGGAGGCCUCUUAGCAGGGAGUCCCCCCAGGCACUGGUCAUUUUUUUGUCCUCGAAAAAAGGGCCUUCAAAGAACCAGAGCCUUGGUUUUGAUUUUUAUUAAAAACCUACUGACUGAU